AUGGCCUCUGGCGAGUUGCCCAUAGCUAUGUACCCUGUACUCGAAAGUGAGACGAAGCAAAUCAGCAAUGUCCAUCAAUCAGAAGACGACUCAAACCACGAAAUCAACCACGGUUCAGACAUUAUCCACGGUAACGCACCUAACGACAACUCGGUCGACACCAACUUUCAAGCUGGUGUGCAAAAGGCUGAGGCCAUAACGAUUGCUUGGACAAGACAUACCUUGGUGGCCGCUUAUAUCUUUAUCUGGUUCGUCUACUUUGUCCAAGGCAUCAUAGUCGGAGUCAGUGGCGCCUUGAUUCCCUAUGUUACUUCCGCCUUUGCCGAACAUUCACUCAUUCCAACCACUGGAAUUUUGAGUCAAGUGAUUGGUGGUGUCACAAAUCUGGGGAUCGCCAAAGUCCUGGACGUUUUCGGUCGUCCUCAUGGCUUUCUACUGUGCGUAUUCUUCUGUACCGUCGGCAUUAUCAUGUCGGCUUCUUGCAAUAACGUUGAAGCAUAUGCGGCAUCACAAGUCUUCUACACCGUCGGCAUCAACGGUGUCGGAUACUGCCUCAGCGUUUUCAUUGCGGAUACGUCUUCACUACGCCAUCGAGGUCUCAUGCAAGCACUGGCCAAUUCACCUUAUCUCAUCACAUCAUGA